GGUGUAUUCUCUGUAAAUAGAGCAAUGUGACUAGUCCUGUCGUUGGCGUGAUUUGCCGAGGUUGAGUGGAACUUAAGCUUUUACGUGAUCUUAUAUUUCAAUAAAUCAAAAAAUCCGACCUCUCCCUCCCCCUCUCUAUCAAAGUAUCUCGAGGAAAAUCCAGCCAGCCUUGCCUCCGACUGCCAUUCUCCAACCCAACCCCCCCUCCGCCCUGCGGGGCUCUUCCCUUUACCUUUCUCGUCUCUUGGAUCGGUGGAGAUCCGGUGUCACCACCGUCCCCGCCUAAAUCAUUGAUGGUCCACAGUUGGUGUAGUCAAAAUCAUUGCCUCUGCCACCAUCGAUCUUGUCCUCCCGCAGCUAGCGUGAGUUGCAUCCUCCCUUCCGAUGGUCUAUCGAGCCACCGCCCUCUCCUCCCUUUCCACACCGACCCGCAAGGCGCUCACACCGCCCCUUUCCAACCAAAUCAAGCACAGAUCGGGGCUCCUACCCCCAACACGGUGCUCAGAGAACUCAGAUUCGGGGUGCAUGAUUCCAAUCUACCUGGAUCUGAGCAAAUCCUGAUGACUUAUGAUGGGUCAUGGGUGCAGGUCGGAAAAUUUUGGGUAAGGGUUCGGAUUGGGCCAUCUCCUAUUUAGGUCGGGUUGGGUCGGGUCAUUUCCGCGAGUGAGCAGAGGAUGUGUGGCCUGUUUGCAACGAAGAUGGUGAUAACGACCCCGUCGGUUGGCGCCCGAUCUCUCUCAGGCAAUGCAGACCCGAAUGAAAGAUGGUGUGGUGGCUUCCCAGCAUCCUGCAGUGCCUGUGAGGCAUUGCAGCACACCCACACGACCAUAAAUGAUGCGGCAUGGCAAAGACAACCCCCUCCAUCUACUCUCUAUCCGAUUGGCUCCUCCUCUCCAAUGGCGGUUCUUAUCUGCUCCUUCUCGCCAUUCCUGCUAUAGCAUCCACAAAUUUCACAUUCAAAGGAUUAAACACUAUUCUAAUUAAUAUUACUAUCUGCUUGGAAAAAUCGACCAUUCGUGGUUUUGCCCUUUUCUGCUGAUUUGUGACAAGUCUUAGCUCCCUGAAGAUAGUUGCUCGUUUGAACCGAUCAAAAUAGCUUAACUUGAUUUGAUUGUCUAGAUAGAUUAUCGCUGGUUUGAAACGAUCAAAUAGUUAGAUUGUUUUGAUUUUGACUAUUUAGAGAUUGGGCUGCUCAGGAAUGGUUGAUUGAUUAGAUUUAGAUGUUUGAUCUAUGAAGGGUUCCUACGCCAAGUACCGGUUCAAGUAUCCUAUUGGCUUUGCAGAAUCCUAUUGGCUUUGCUCGUUUGUUUUCACACAGUAGCAGACAUGAAUGGAAUCGAGCAGAAUAAUGAGCAUGAAAAAAUAUAAUUCUUUCUAAAGAUCCUACUAUGAAUGAUUUUAAAGUGCCACUUCCCUUAGCUCACCGCCGGCCGGUCAUCCACUCCCUCCAUCUUCAUCAUCUUCUGUUCUGUUUACGAGGUAUAGGAAUUGCAACAACAUAACAUAUGUUUUCUCUUUGUCGUCAAAUUCCAAACAAACGUGGAUAUAGAUCGGGUCAUGAUUUGGACCAUGUUCGGGCCAACCCGAAAACUAGUUUUGAACGCUUGAAAACCCGAGACCGUGACCCGAGACCACCGCUACCACCACCAUCGAGCCCCACCCAGGGGCCUCCCCUCCCUCUAUUUUCAGUUCACAGAUAAAUCCUCUCUCUCUCUCUCUCUCUCCCUCUGCCUCUCCCCCCCUCCGUCCCUCCUCCCCCCCCACCCAGCCGCGGGUCGAAGCUGUAGAAAUGGCGAGGGCCGCGUACAACCACCUCGUCCCCGCUCUGGCAGCAUUCCCGGUGAAGCCAUGCCUCUUCAGCACUCCCUCGUCCACUAGCAGCCUCCGCUUGCUGCCCAUGUUCAGACUCAACCGGAGAUUCUCCGCUUCCUCCAAAAUCAGCAUGAGCUUGAAAGCCGGCAUCGUUGGCCUCCCGAACGUCGGAAAGUCCACCCUCUUCAAUGCCGUCGUUGAGAAUGGAAAGGCUCAAGCUGCCAAUUUUCCCUUCUGCACAAUAGAGCCGAAUGUAGGAAUUGUUGCAGUACCCGAUCAGCGUCUCCAUGUCCUCUCUGAACUCAGUAAGUCUCAGCGAGCUGUUCCUGCCAACAUAGAAUUUGUGGACAUUGCCGGCCUUGUCAAAGGUGCCAGUCACGGGGAAGGGUUGGGUAAUAAGUUUUUGUCACAUAUCAGGGAGGUGGACUCCAUACUUCAGGUAGUACGGUGUUUUGAAGAUAAUGACAUUGUUCACGUGAACGGGAAAGUUGAUCCAAAAUCCGACAUUGAUGUGAUAAACUUGGAGCUUAUUUUCUCAGAUCUGGACCAGAUUCAGAAGAGAAUGGAGAAGCUAAAAAAGAGCAAGGGUAAGGAUUCGCAGUCAAAACUCAAGGAGGAUGCAGAAAAAUCUGCUUUAGAAAGAAUUGAGCAGGCACUCAUGGAUGGGAAACCUGCAAGAUCAGUAACAUUGACAGAUUUUGAGAAGGAUGUCAUAAAGCAUCUGUGCUUGCUUACGAUGAAACCGGUUAUAUAUGUGGCAAAUGUUGCAGAGUCUGAUCUGGCUGAACCUGAGAAUAAUCGUCAUGUGAAAGAGGUCAAGAAUCUUGCCUCAGAGUUGAAGUCGGGACUAGUAACAAUCUCGGCGCAGGUUGAAGCGGAACUUACUGAACUUCCAUCUGAAGAAAGAGAAGAGUAUCUAAAAUCUCUAGGUGUAAAUGAUGGUGGCCUUGAAAAUCUGAUAAGAGCAACAUACGGCCUUUUAGGGCUGCGCACUUACUUCACUUCUGGCGAGAAGGAAACAAAAGCAUGGACUAUAUUGGUAGGAAUGACUGCCCCUCAAGCUGCUGGAGUUAUACACUCGGACUUCGAGAAAGGUUUUAUUCGGGCUGAGACGGUGGCUUAUGAUGAUUUUGUUGCUGCUGGAUCAUUUGCUGCUGCAAGGGAGAAAGGACUUCUUCGAUCUGAGGGUAAAGAUUACAUCGUUCAAGAGGGAGAUGUAAUGCUGUUCCGGUUCAAUGUAUGAAGCUGUAAACUCCAGAGGGCUGGAACCCAAGAAAAGAUUUUCGACUAUACAAGGGAUACGGUCGCAACAAUGAUACUGGAGAUUUUUGCAAGCCCAAAAGAAAGAUAUAGGAGUGGAUCUUUUGCUCAAUUUUGAUCAAGCAUUCUUUUACAUAGAAUCUUGUUUUCUGAGGCAAAUAUAUAUAUUUGCUUUUCUUUAAUUAUUUAUGGAAUUAUUAACAGGAUAAUUUGUUGAGACAUUUGAGAAACUGUGCCUUAUUGUAUGAGUAAAUGAGCAUCAAAUUUCUUCUUUACCUUA